UCCAAAUUACGCCGUAAUUUGCUCUUUUCUGGAGCGAUACGGCGCCUUGUUGGAUUUACCGGAGCUGACGUUUCCUCAGCUGGAGCGAUACCUGCGGGACACGUCUACAGUUCCAAAGCUGCUGGUUGAUCUCCACGUGAAGCUGCUGAGGAAGAUCGGCAAAUCUGUGACCGCUGACAGAUGGGAGAAGUACCUCGUCAAGGUGUGUCAGGAGUUCAACAUGACGUGGGCGUGGGAACUGGAGGAGAAAGGCUACAAAGAGAUGUCCAUGGAGAGCAAAGCAGGAAUUCUGAAGUUCUUGUGCGAAUGCCAGUUUGACGAGAACGUGAAGUUCAAGACGGCCAUCAACGACGAGGACCCGGAUAAGAUGCGGCUGCAGCCGAUCGGCCGGGACAAAGACGGGCAGAUGUACUGGUUCCAGCUGGAUCAGGACAACAACGUGCGUCUUUACGUUGAGGAGCAGGACGACCUGGACGGCGCCUCCUGGAAGUGCAUCGUCAGAGAUCGGAACGACUUGGCAGAAGUCUUGGCUUUGCUGAAAACACAAAUUGACCCGGAGCUGUUUAAAAAGAAGGAGGUGAAAGCUGAGGGCGAGGAGGACAAAGACGCCGAGAGCAAAGGUGAUGCUAAAAAGACUGAAGACACGUCGGAUGAAGAACACAAAGACUCAAAGACGGACGUUUGUCCGAUUUCUUCAAAGUCCAAAAGCGACGAAGAAUCGCCACAGAAAGAUGAGCAGAAACCUGAAGAUUCCGAGGUCAAAACCUCUUUAAACGGCGUCGUAGAAAGCAAAGCCGAGGCAGAAGUCUCCUCAGAGAACAUCCGAGUGGAGGCGCAGACCAUCAAGCAGGAGUCCGCGGAGGCGUGGGACGUUAAAUCAAACUCGACUGAAGCGACGUCGACGUGCGAGGCGACCGCUUUGACCGUGAAAACGGAGAAAGCGGAAGAGCCGAAGAAGAGCAGCUCAGAGGAGAUCCAGCAGACCCUGAAGAACGAGGCCAAAAUCCCUCUGAAGAAACGCGGCAUGAAGUUCAGCGAAAACGGCUCGAUAGGAGUUCAAAACCCGACUGUCUGCCACCAGAAGGAGGUUUCCACCGAGAAGAUCCAGAGACUGAGCGACCAUGUGAACGGGGACGUUCAGCAUCUGACGUCGCAGCGCCAAGACGCUGUGAAGGACGCCGUUCCUCCGGCCGCAGAGAAGGACGGCUCGCAAAACCGCAAGGUCGGUGGGAGCGCCGCAGAGGCCCAACAGGAAGUGACAUCGCAUCAAGACGACGAGAGGAAAAGCCUUCAAGAAGAAACGAAAAACAGAGAAGAAUCUUCUUCUACACCAGGAGAGACUCGUUCAUGUAAAGACACAAACAGCUCAGCAAACGUCGUCAAACAGGAACCAAAUGAGAACAGAACUCCAGUUCUGAAAGAAACAUCAGAAACAGAAUCAAAGAACUUGAAUUUAAAUCAUGAAGUCGCCUCCAAAGAACUGGAAUCGAAGAUCUCACAGGAAAACACGGAAAAGGAGAAAACGGAAGAAUCGGAGCCUCCACGGAGCCAAACGGUAGAGGACACGAAGGAAACGCCGCGAGCUCAGGCUGGUGGAGGAACAUCUGAUGAUCCGGCGGAAGUGAAGAGGCUGGACGCCAGCGAGGAGCCGCCGCUGGAGAAAGAAUUAGACGAAAGGAAGGAGGUGAAAACAGAUACAUCUGAACCCAGUGAGUCCAGCGAGAAACUCCCGGAAGAUAAAGGACUAGACAAAAUCCAGGAGGUGAAAACAAACAAAUCUGAAGCCAUUGAGAAGGCACCAGAAGAUAAAGAAUCAGAUGAAAUCAAAGAGGUGAAAACAAAUAAAUCUGAACCCAGCAAGUCCAUCCAGAAGCUGACAGAAGAGAAAGAAUUAAGCGACAAAUCAGAGAAAAUCCAGGAAGUGAAAACGGACAAAUCUGAGUCCAGCGAGAAGCCACCAGAAGAUAAAGAAUCAAACGACAAGUCAGAGGAAAUCAAGGAGGUCAAAAUAGACAAAUCUGAACCCAUUGAGAAGCCACCAGAAGAUAAAUCAAAAAGCAAAUCAGAAAAAAUUGAAAUGGUAAAAACGGACAAAUCUGAACCCAGUGAGUCCAGCGAAAAGCCGCCAGAAGAUAAAAAAUCAAAUGAUAAAUCAGACGAAAACAAGGACGUCAAAAUUAACAAAUCUGAACCCUGCAAUACCAGCGAGAAACUGCUGGAAGAGUCGAAAAACAAAUCAGAUGAAAACAAGGAGAAAACUGACAAAUCUGAACCCAGUGAGUCCAGGAAGAAGCCAGAAGAAAAUAAAGAAUCAAAAAACAAAUCAGACGAAAUCAAGGAAGAGAAAACAGACAACUCUGAGUCCAGAGAGAAGCCGCCAGAGGAUAAAGAAUCAAAAAACAAAUCAGAGAAAAUCCAGGAGGUGAAAACACAGAAAUCUGUACCCAGCGAGUCCAGCAAGAAGCCACCAGAAGAAAAUAAAGAAUCAAAAAACAAAUCAGACGAAAUCGAGGAAGGGAAAACAGACAAAGCUGAACCCAUUGAGAAGCAACUGGAAGAUAACAAAUCAAAAAACAAAUCAGAUAAAAUUGAAAAGGUGAAAAUGGACAAAUUGGAACCCAGUGAGUCCAGCGAGAAGCCAGAAGAAAAUAAAGAAUCAAAAAACAAAUCAGACGAAAUCAAGGAAGGGAAAACGGGCAAAUCUGAGUCCAGCAAGAAGCCACCAGAAGAUCAAAAAUCCAAAAACAAAUCAGACGAAAUCGAGGAGACAGACAAAUCUGAGUCCAACAUCAUCAAAGACACUUCUGAGCCAGAAAAGUCCAGGAAAAGAGUCGACGGUGCGACGCCCGAGCCCACAAAGACAGGUGACUCUCUGCCAGCAGGAGGAUCGGGCGACAAAGGCGACCUCAAAAAGCUGCCGGAGAACGAACAGACUCAGAUCGACUCCGACCUCCAGGAGAUGAAGGAGACUCCUGCGGAGAAAGACGAACCGUCCAGCCCUGCAAAGGUCACAAAUAUCACUGCGGAGGCCGAAAAAACGGCUGAACCACCAAAGAAAAAAGAGGAGGAGCCUGAACUCAGAGAGCGUCCUUCAUCAGGAGACACGAGCAGCAAAGAACCUUCCAGAGACCAAGUUACAGACGGAGUCCAUAAAAAGGAGGAGCCAGAAGACGAGGAACGAAGCAAAACGCCAACGAAGGAGGAGGAGGAGCCUGAGGCCCGAACCAGGAGCAAAGACCCGGAAACCGAAUCCUCGGACAACACCGACAAAAGCUCCAAAGACAAGAGAGCAGAGGAGGUGGCCAACGGGAAGGAGGCUCCGCCUCCCCGGAAAAGAAAGCCGGCCCACCGGAGGAAAGCCGAGGUGCAGAGGGAGGAGCGGCUGGCCGACUCCGAGUCGGACUCGAACACAGGGAUGUGUCUGCGAAGGUCGCCGAGGAUCUCCAGACCCACGAGCAAAGCGGUGGAGAUUCAAGAGAGGAAGCCAGAGAAGGUUUCCACGCCGCAGAAAGACGAAAAAGAGGAGGAGGAAGAAGAGGAAGAGGAGGAGGUAAAAACGGUUGAGAAGAAACCUAAAGAGAAAAGACCAGAGCAGGAGGGCCAGCAAAAAGCCAGGGGGAGGAAGAGGCGGCGGGUGUGCUGGAGCAACACCAGAUCCCGCCGGAGAAAGAAAACCUCAGAAGACGAGGAGGAGAACAGCGACCAGGAGUCCUCCGACGAGGAGGAGGAGAGCGAGGAGGAGGACGACAGCGACGAAGACUACAAGGUUCAGCUGAACAGGAAGAGGCGGAACCGAAACCGAGAGAGGCGGAGCUCCGACUCCUCCACGUCCACGGACGAUGAUCUACCUCCAAACGACGACCCCUGCAAACACUGCGGUCUUCCAAACCACCCAGAGCUGAUUUUACUCUGCGACUCGUGCGACAGCGGCUACCACACAGCCUGCCUCAGACCUCCGCUCAUGGUCAUCCCCGACGGGGAGUGGUUCUGCCCGCCCUGCCAGCAUAAGCAGCUCUGCGACAAACUCGAGGAGCAGCUGCUAAACCUCGACGCCGCUUUGAAGAAGAAGGAGCGAGCCGAGAGGAGGAAAGAGCGUCUGAUUUAUGUGGGAAUCAGUCUGGAGAACAUCAUCACGCCUUCUGUGGAAGAAGAAAAGCCAGAAAUAGUCAUAAAGGAGAAGAAGGAGAAGCGCAGCAAAGGCUGGGGUCGGAGGUCGACCAGGGCCAAGAAAACCAUCAGCUACAGGUUUGAUGAAUUUGACGAGGCGAUCGAGGAGGCCAUCGAGGAAGACAUCAAAGAGGCUGAAGGUGGAGGAGCGGGUCGAGGUAAAGACAUGGCCAACAUCACGGGUCACCGAGGAAAAGACAUUUCCACCAUCCUGCAGGCCGAGGAGGGCAAAGAGAACGGCCGGCCGCCCCGGCCCAGCGCCGGCCAGCGCCGCAAGAAGCGCCGGCGCCUCAACGACCUGGACAGCGACAGCACGGUGGACGAGGAGGAAAGCGAGGACGAGUUCUGCAUCAGUGAGAGCUCCGAGGAAGAGUUCGUGGUGUCGGAAAACGAGUCGGAAGCAGAGACGGAUCAGGGUUCCAACAACAGCGACUUCGGCAGCAACAGCAGCAGGAGGAAUCACUCCUCGUCGAGGAGCAGGAAGCUGGAGCCACGCAGGCGGAGCUCCAGGAAGAGGCGCAGACCCCGCGGGUACUCGGACGACGAGGAGGAGGAGACGGACGAGGAGGAGGAAGAUGAAAUCGUGACUGAGGGUUCCAGCGAGUACAGCGACAGCGACCUGGACAUGAGUCGGCGGCGGUCCCGGCGGAGUCUGAAGAAGGAGGUGAACUACUGCGAGACGUCCGAGUCCGAGGGCUCUCAGGCGGGAACCAACCGCGCCAAAAUCAAACCCCGACGGCGCCAGGACAGCUCCAGCAGUGAAGCGACUUUCGGAGACUCUGAGGACGAAGCGAAGGAUCACAGGGUGAAGAGGAAGGCGGAGUCCUCCGAAGAAGAUUCCCGGCAGCGGCGCAGACGUCUGGCGCUGAAACGGCGGCGAGCGUCCGAGGACGACGACUCUGAUAGCGACUCUGACGACUCAUCAGAGGAGGACCGACCCGUUCGUAAACGAGUGAACCGCAUCGACUCGGACGACGACGACGAGGAGGAAGAGGAGAAGAAGCCGGCGGCGGAGAAGAAGGCCGCAGAGGACGCCUCAAAGGGAACGGAGGACUCCAGUCCGGAGCUGCAGCCUGCAAACGGACAGAGCACGGGGCGGAGCCAGGACGGCGUCAUCCGCCGACCCUCCCCCGCCGCCGCUCAGCAGGAGCCACCUAAAACCGCCGGCUCCACGCCGGCCGCCGCUGCCAACGGUCUGGCUAACACGGACUUGCCCUCGCAGGAGGACGACGAGGACGACCUGCUGGGGGUCACAGACCUGGUGGACUACGUCUGCAAUAACGAACAGUUGUAAAAUCCGUUUCUUUUUGUGCUAUUGUAUUUUUAUAUUGCGUAACUUUAUUAUCCCGCCCACAAACACUUCCACGCCGUUUUUUCCUCAAUGUGUCAUUGGAACUUCUGCUGCCAAACUUUCCCGUUGAACGUUCUCCCUCAGCCAGAACUUCUGCGAUCAUUCCACGACGUCCGGUUCUGUGGAGAACCUCACCAGAGUUCAGUUCCACCUUAACUUUUAAAAAACCUCCAUGAAGAAUUCAGCAAGUUUACAUCCAUCAGAGUCGCUGAAACGAGUCGUUUUUUCCCAAAGUAUUAAAAGCCAAGUUAGCCACGCCCCCUUUUUCGGUCAUUCGUGGGUUCCAACGAACCAAUCAUGGUGUUAGAUGAAAGUCACAACACACUUCCUUUGAUAAGCUAACGUCUCACCAGGGGGCGCUGCUGCUGCUGCUCCCCUUUCCUGCAUGUUGGGGUUCUCCCGCCUCCGUCCUCCUCCCAAAGGGGCGGAGCCCUUUGAGAAUGUAUAUAUGUGUGACCAACCUGCGUUUGUUUCCACUUUUUUACCUGAUUCCUAGAGUAGCUUUUGUAUAUUGUAUACUUGUAAAAUGAUCAGAAACCCGCGGCACCAGUGUUAAACAAUCGGAACUCCUCGUCUAGCAUCUUAUUUACAUUUUUCAGUGUAUUUUUUUGUAUAUCUAAAUCUUUAUUUGUUGUCUAUUUGAAGAAAAAAAAGUGUAAAGUGUCGUAUUUUUUAAUGUACAUUUUCGUUUUUUUUUAACUAUAAAAUGACGUGGAGUUUUUCCUCAUCUUUUUUUCUUCAAAUUUCCUGGUUCUGUUCACAUUUCAACCCCGGAACAUGAAUAUAAAAAGUUUGGGACAGAAAUAGGAAAAUAAUGGACAUCAGUGAUGAACCCAGUCUGUGUAUAUAUAUCUGUAUUUUUGUUCUGUAAUAUAUAUAGAAGCAUUUUGUAAUCAAAAAGUAUAUUGGGCAAUUCUUUGGAUUGCAUGAGUUUCUAACUGUUUUUUUCUUUUUUUGUAGAGAUGCUGGAACAGGUUUUAUAACAAAAACAAUGUUAGCAUGUUGGGAUUUCUCUCUUGAGAUGUGUUGGUGCUGAAGACAGGUGGAGGACCUGCUUCUUCUCUCCAGGUAAGCGCCCACUGCCGGACGAAAGGGAAGCCGCGACGGUUGGGCGCCAUGGAAACGGGAGGCGCGUUUGUAAAAAUAUGGUGUAAAUUCCUCCAGCAUGGUCUUCACAGAGGAGAAGAAACCACUUCUAUUUAUCAGACCGGUUGGAAACCGAGGCCAAAAUAAAGACUGAAUCUGCUCUGCAGAGGGAUGAAUAUAGAACUACGUGUCAUAGAGGAGUCCGGAGCGCCAUCCGCUCCAGAUGAGGAAUGACUGAUGGUUUCAUGUUUACCUCAUGGUACAUUUGUUCGCCGUGUUUAGGUCAUAGUCGAUCGUCUGUGUUUUGUCUGCUUCUUACAUUUUGGUUAAUUUUACUGUCAUUUCUUAUGGAUCUGAUCUUAUACAUUUGUCAUAAUAAAAUGGGCUUCAAGCCGGAUGAUGGUUUACUUCCAUGGAAGGACACACUGUUCACAGUAAGUUAGGGGUGUGACUUACAAGAGUGUUUCUCCUUUAU